AUGUCUCAAAGCCCACCCGCCGCCCAAAGCACCGCGCCAAGUGAAGGUUUGCAAGAUGAAGGGGCCAUGGAGCAAUCAAACACCUCAAUCGCUGUGUCCGCUAACGAGUUCAUCGUCAUUCCCGAAUCCCAGGAGAGUCCAAUCAAUCUGCUUUCCCCUACCGUAUUCCAACCAGUUCACGCGGAAGAGCAUACGGGCGCAAACCAGCGUGACCAUGACACUGAGGAAGUGACUGUCGCUGAAGCGAUAUCUACGUUGGUCCUUUUAUUCGCCGAAUCAGAGCCUGACCGGUUUCGCCGUCGCAACCUGUCAUACGCGGCCGUGCGACGUUUCAUUGGGUUAAAGCCCCUUCGAGAUUACAUGGUUUUUGCUGGAUUGGCACCUUCGGAGACGAGCAAAGCCCUUCGAAUCCUCUCUGGCCACGCGAUUCAUAGUUUCCACGUGUUCCUCUUCCCCGAGCUCAUCUCACCAAAACAAAUGUAUCAAUGGGGUAUCUCAUACGGGGUGGGCGCGGAACUGAUCUUACACGCGGAAGGUUACUACCAUAAGCUCUUGCGCAGAGAAAGGCGAAACCAAUCUGCUGAAUUAUAA